UCCUGCACAGCACAAGUUGCCCCAACAGCAGCAAGCAGCGGCGGCGGCGGAGGCAGCGAGGCGCACGGCAGAAAAAAGUUUCUCCACAGGAAUGGGCAAGUUUAAAAAGUACGCCUUUCUUUCACAUUUCACAUCCACGGCCCUCACAACGACGCGGGAUUGGAUAUAAAGGACCGACUGUGUUGAUAAACGGCACCAGAUUUGGGAUUUUCUUCGGUGACCCCCCCACUACUACCUCUUUGGAUUGGCUGCGCUUCAUCUGAAGAUACAACCGAGAGAGAGUGUUCUUCUCUCUUGUGUGGCCGGAGAAAAUGUGGUCCCCUACGCAGCCUCGCACUUUGGCGAGGUUUGCCGUGCUUUUUCUGCUGUUUGUGAGGCUCCAGCGUGGAUCUGCUGCUAACACAAGGACGUGUCCCCCUCCCUGCUCCUGUUCUGGGGAGCUUUUGGACUGCAGUCGGCUGAAAAGGGGCCAAAUUCCAGAAACUAUCCCGGAAUGGACAGUUCAACUGGACCUGAGCCAUAACAAAUUGCAGGUGCUUGACAGCACGUUGUUUUCUAAACUACAACAUCUAAGUGAAAUAAAGCUGAACCACAAUGAACUGGAGGCAGUACCUGAUUUGGGCCCUUAUGCUUCAAACAUCACAACCCUCAUUCUAGCAAACAACAGGAUCACCAGGAUCUCUGUGGAGCAGCUCAGGCCCUUCCUCGCUCUGGAAACGCUCGACCUCAGCAACAACAACAUUGUGGAUAUAAAGGCCAGCUCCUUCCCCACUCUUCCGCUCAAGAACCUGUUCCUCAACAACAAUCGAAUCUCGUCGCUGGAGACGGGCUGCUUCACCAACCUGUCCAGCAGUCUGCAGGUUCUUCGGCUCAACCGCAACCGGCUCUCCACCAUCCCAGCUAAGAUCUUCCAACUGCCCAACCUCCAGCAUCUGGAGCUGAGCAGGAAUCGGGUUCGCAGGGUGGAGGGCCUGACGUUCCACGGUCUGCACGCUCUUCGCUCCUUGAAGAUGCAGAGGAACGGCCUCAGCCGCCUGAUGGACGGAGCCUUCUGGGGCCUCAGCAACAUGGAAGUGCUGCAGCUGGACUACAACAACCUGACGGAGGUGAGUAAGGGCUGGCUGUACGGCCUGCUGACUCUGCAGCAGCUCCACCUCGGCCACAACGCCAUCAGCAGGAUCCGACCUGACGCCUGGGAGUUCUGCCAGAAACUCGCCGAGCUGGAUCUCCAAAAGAAUGAAAUCUCCUGGACCAUUGAGGACAUGAAUGGGCCUUUCUCUGCGCUGGACAAGCUGAAAAAACUAUUUCUGCAGGGGAACCAGAUCCGCUCAGUGACCAAGAAGUCUUUCUCUGGCCUGGACGCGCUGCAGCACCUAGAUUUGAGUAAUAAUGCCAUCAUGUCCGUCCAAGCGAACGCCUUCUCUCAGAUGAAGAACCUGCAGGAGCUGCGUCUGAACACCUCCAGCCUGCUGUGCGACUGCCAGCUGAAGUGGCUUCCCGUCUGGGUGGCAGAACAAACCUUUCUGCCCUGCGUCAAUGCCAGCUGCGCCCACCCGCAGAUGCUGAAGGGCAGGAGCGUGUUCGCUGUCAGCCAGGAGGAGUUUGUGUGUGAUGACUUCCCAAAGCCUCAAAUCACUGUCCAGCCGGAGACCCAGUCAGCCCUCAAGGGCACCAACGUGACGUUUGUCUGCUCGGCGGCUAGUUCCAGCGACUCACCCAUGACCUUCGCCUGGAAGAAAGACAACGAGGUCCUGAACGACGCAGAGAUCCACAACCAGGCCCACCUACGGGUGCAGGGAGGUGCAGUAGGCGAGACGGAGGUGACGGAGUAUACGACCACCCUGCAGCUACGUAAUGUGGAGUUUUCCAGUGAGGGAAAGUACCAGUGCGUCAUCUCCAACCACUUUGGAUCAUCCUAUUCCACCAAGGCCAGACUCACUGUCAACAUGCUCCCUUCCUUCACCAAGAUGCCAAUGGACCUGAGUAUCCGUGCUGGAGCAACAGCUAGGCUGGAAUGCGCCGCCGUAGGUCACCCUUCUCCUCAGAUCGCCUGGCAGAAAGACGGAGGCACGGACUUCCCUGCCGCCCGUGAACGCCGUAUGCAUGUCAUGCCGGAGGACGAUGUGUUUUUCAUAGUGGACGUCAAGACUGAGGACAUUGGCGUUUAUAGCUGUACGGCUCAGAACACAGCUGGAGCUAUUUCUGCAAAUGCUACGCUAACUGUGUUAGAAACACCCUCCUUCUUGCGUCCCCUCAUGGAUCGCACUGUGGCCAAGGGCGAAACCGCUGUCCUGCAGUGCAUAGCUGGCGGUAGCCCUCCCCCAAGGCUCAACUGGACCAAAGACGACAGCCCGCUGGUAGUGACCGAGCGCCACUUCUUUGCAGCUGCCAACCAGCUCCUCAUCAUCGUUGACGCUGCCGAGGCUGACGUGGGGAAGUACACUUGCGAGAUGUCCAAUGCGCUGGGCACAGAGAGGGGUAACGUGCGGCUGGCGGUCAUACCAAAUCCCAACUGUGACUCUGGAGUGCAGGGCGGCGUGGGAGUCGGCAUGGUGGCCGGGGCAGGACCGGACGAUGAUGGGUGGACCACAGUGGGCAUUGUCAUCAUAGCAGUGGUGUGCUGCGUGGUGGGCACGUCACUAGUUUGGGUGGUCAUCAUCUACCACACCCGGCGACGCAAUGAGGACUGCAGUGUCACCAACACAGACGAGACCAACCUACCCGCCGACAUCCCCAGCUACCUCUCCUCCCAGGGCACACUCGCUGACCGACAGGACGGCUACAUCCCAUCAGAGAGCGGCAGCAGCCAUCAGUAUAUGGCCUCGUCUAUUAGUGGCUUCUACCUGCAGUCCAAAGACAUGAACGGUCUUUGUCAGCUGGAUACAGGAAGUGAGGCAGACAUAGAGGCAGCCAUUGACCCUCUGCUCUGCCACUAUCAAGGUCCAAUCAGCUCACUCCUUCGCAGAGAUAACAUGUACUCCACUGAUCCAUCAGACGUCUUUACAGGCUGUUCCAUUGACCAAAAGCCGAUAUGCAUCGACUCCUACAGCAGCAGUCUGACCAGCUCUAAAAGGAAAGACUAUUUGCUGUCAGACCAUUUUGACCUCUGCUCGUCCACUGUUCUGAUGCAGCUCCCCAACGCCAGUCUCCAUCAUGGUCCACCCCACCAGCAGAGUGACCGCCGACCAUCCAUAGAGGAGGGAGAAGCCAACGACUACGGGAGACCUCACGAGUGUCUUUCCCCCUGCAACACCUUCAUGGGAACAUUUGGGAAAGCUCCCUGGAGGCCUCAUAAGGACCUGUACACAGGCUUCGGUCCGCCGUCGGUGACGCAUAAUGGCAUAACGCUGCACGAGAAUCCUUACGCCGCUCCGGACACCGAUUCAGACCAGGAGGAGAACAGCUUCACCAAGGACUUGCUGUCAGAGCAGUGUAAUAACAUUUAUGAACAGCCGUUUGACAGCAGCAGGACUGAUCCCAUCCCACAGCGCAGAACGAACACUUAGCUGAGCGACUGUUGUUUUUUAAGAAGAGGACGACCAAAAUAAACAUUACUACCUCACUGAAUGGACACUUUUGCAAUAAAGGACUCCUCAAAUGUGCAACGAGUGAAUGUAAAGGACAAUUUGAUGUUCCUAGAGAAAAGUAAAAAGGAGCAUGUUAGCAGCGGUUCUUUAAGGACGCAGCUUCAGUUAAAUAAUAUAGAUGAUAUAUACAUUUUUUAUAUAAAGUUUAUUAUAUUUUGUAAAUUGUAUAUAAACAGAUUCCAUUAUUUUUGCUUACCUUUUGUGUACGACUAUUUUGCAGCCCUGCCUAUUCAGUUAUUCCAGCUUUGAAUGAAGCAGUGUUUUGCACAUAUGUAAACAAUAAAAAAAACACCUUGUGUGCUGCUACAUUCACUGAAGCGCUACAAGUCUUCAAUGAUGUUACUGUCUUUAUCAUGCAGGACAUGUAUUAGAGAUUUAGAGGACGUGGUGCUGGUGGUGGGUCUUAUACGCUGGCCUUUUAGAGCACAACCACAGACCGCCAAGGACGCUGCAGCUCUGUCAUCAGUCAGCCCCCCCACCAAGAGAGAGAUGGAGAAAGAGAGGAUGUUUAACUGUUUGGUAUCACAACCUGAUUCCAUGUAGGGCUGGGCAAUAAUUACAAAUAAAGAG